AUGGGCAAACUCACUGAUCUGCUGGGUCGAUCCUCCGCGUCCGACACGCCCGGGCGCGGGUCGUCCGGCUCCCACCUACACGCGCCAAGUUCGGAACAAGGUUCUGAGAGCUCGACAGGGAAGGAGCACCUCCUCAAGGAGGAUGCUUUCGAUGGCGGCAAGGUGGAGAGCGGGGACGAAUACGACGAGGUCGCCUACCUCAACACCGCCGAUGAGCCGCAGAGCCUCGCGGGGCCGACUGGGGUCUUCCCUGCGUAUUGUGCCCAGGGCGGUGCGGUCAGCAUAUCGAUCAAAGCCGAUUCGGCGAUGAGUGCCAAGAAUUGGACGAUCAAGGACACAGGAACGGGCGACGUCGUAUUCAGUGUGAAGGGGAAAGAUAUGUCCGUCAAGGUGGAGAAGGUAUUCACAGACGCGAAAGGCCAGGAUGUGUUGAAGCUGCGACGUCAUAAUGCGUGGAUGUAUGGCAAUUACUAUGUCGAAGACAUGGACAACCAGGAGGUUAUGACCUUCGAAAGGCAUGGAAAAGUCGUCACGGCGACUUUUGUCGACCAUAUCACGCAGCAGCGCCGGGAGCUACGAGUCGACGCAAAAUGGAGCAAGAGCCGAGGAUGGGUGUUCGUGGAUGGGAUGUACCUCGGUGUGAUAGCGAAAGCUGCGGAUUCAUCAAGGAGCGGGAUGUGUCCUACUUAUCAAAUCCGCGUACCAGAGGGCAUGGACGUCUCCUUGAUGGCGGCCUUAGGCGUGGUUUUUGCCCGACUGGUGACGGAGUGGAAUGAGGGACUCAUGUCUGUGACAGCGGGAGUGGGUCGCGUUGUGGUGACGUGA